ACUAAAUCCCUAGUCCCCUUCUCUCUCCUCUUUCUUCCCAGUCGAUACCACUCUUUCUUUUCCUCUCUCGCAUUUCAGUCGGCCAGACCAGAUGAGCCAUCUCCGGCCACCACCCAAUGACACGCACCCCACCACGAGCUUCCUUGGCCCCCGAAACCGCCAACCCGUGAAGCUCGCCUCCCCACUCGCCGGCCUCCGUCGCGAUUGGCUCCCCGAAGUUCCGUCGCCGCUGUGAGUUUGGAGGAUUGUUCUGGCCUCCACCGUGGACGAUGAAGGCUCCUGCUGGCGACGACGAUGGGGAAGGCGACGGCGAAGGCUCCUGAGCUGGUGAAGUUCUCAGGCGUGGGUGGUGCUGCCAUUCUCUUCAAGAUGUGUCCUGCUUCCAAGGAUUGUUCUUUUGUCCAGAAGCAUGUUCUUUGUUGCUUCAUAACUUUUGCAUAUAUCAUAUUAGUCCUCCCGGCCAUGAGUUGGGAGCUGAAACAAUUAGUUUUGAUGAUCCUUUGCUUUCUGCUGAUGACUUGGUGGAUCAGAUCGCCGAUGUUCUUAAUUAUUUUGGACUUGGAGCUGUGAUGUGUAUGGGUAUUUGUUUAUCUUUUCCUUUCUUUUUGUUUUGGUUUUGUCAGUGUAUUCUUAUUCUGAAAAAAAAAUUCCUAAUUUUUGAUGUUUUAGUGUAACAGAAGCUUGUUAGAGUUGGACCAAAAUUGGAUAUUAUUUAUAGAAUUUUUUUUAAUGGGUUUAUUUUCAUUUUUGACUGACACCCUUUUAACCUUGACAACUUUUGAGCCUUACUAUAUAACAAAAUAAGGUCUUCAUUAUUCGUUUUGAUUGAAGCUUUCUUCUGCAAGGUUUUUCUUUUCAACCAUGUUUUUAUUAAAUAUCAAAUGUUUGAUAUUAGUAAGAAAAAGAAAGAAAGAAAGAAAGAAAAAAUAACACACUAACACAACUGUUGGUAGCAUUCGAAGAGCUAAAGAUGGCAUCUCAUCUUCUCUCGUUGUCCCUAUCGUAAAGCUUGGUUUUGCUGUCUGAAUUUACAUCACUAUUUUAAUUUUAUGAUAAUAUGUCAUCAAACUUUUUAAUAUUGAUUUAUUUUAUUUUUAAAUUUUGAGUUUAUACAAACAUCUCUUUUUAUACCUAGUCAGGAUUUCAAAAAGAAAAUGAUACCCUCAAUUGUUUAAAUUGUUUCUUCUUACUUUUUUCUUUCUUUCUACUCUCGCUCACAUCCCUUCAAAAAGACUAGUAACAAAAUUUUAGAUAAAAUAUGAGUUUAUUGUUAAUUAAAAUUGACUUGAUAGUAUUAUAUGGCUCUAUUUGUGAUUAUCAAACAUGGAAAGUCCAAAUCUAAUAUUAAAACAAAUUAGAAAGAUUCAAAAUAUUAUUUUUUAAAUGUAGACGCAAUAAAUCCCAUAAUAUUAUAUACAUUCAUUCACAUCCAAGUAAAGAAAUGAAAAUGAUGAUAAUAAUUGGUUCACCUAGCUAGUCUCUACCACUACAUUAAGUUCUAACAGUAUUGAAGAAGUAUUAUGCUCAUCUUCAAGGUUACCUGUUCAAACCUUUUUUCUUCUCUUCAUAGGUACUCGUAUGUGCAAUCAAGAAAGUGAUUUCACGAGCUUCCCAAAACGUAAAAACCAUAAAAAGAUAUAAAUUCAUUUACUAGUUGUAUAGAUAGUUUCUCUUAGUAAAUAUUUCUUAAAGAAAUGAUGUUAUUAGAAUAAAUAUUCUCACAAAAGUAUUAUUAUUGUAGUAGUGUAUAGUGAAUGAGUUUUAUUUGAGAAUAUAUGUUAGAAAUCUUAUUAUUUGCUUGAUAUUGCAAAGAACAAAAUGUAUACAAUUUCAUGGGUAGAUAUGAUUUUUUAUAAUAUGAUUUAGUGGCCUAUUUAGUAAGUUUUCUAGCAUGUGGAUUUUCAUGGACUGCUGCAUCACAUUUUUUCCUUUGUUAUUUCCUAUAAUCUUAACAUUUGACCGUCUAAUUAACAAUUAAGUUGAUUAUAGAAUUUUAAAUAACAUGGCUUAGGGUAAUAACAUGAUAUGGAACAUACAUCUAACUUUUUUAUUUU